AUGGCCAGAAACUUUUGUCGCUACGUCGCUACGGUCAUUUAUUACCUGAAAAAGAAAGAUGUCAGGUGGACGCUGCUCCCAUCGCGCAGCAAACGCAAUCUUUUUUACAAACGAGAGGCCUGCAAUGUUACGCUACCAAAUAUUGAUGUGGCCAUCCUCCUCGGUGCCAGGGUUCUUGUGGACGUCACCGCCACGGGUGAUAUCAACGGAGUGACCGCAGCGAAACGGUCGUGCAGUUUUGUCCUACAGUCUGCAGGCAGACCGCUUCACCUCCCCACACCGGGCAUGGCGUGGAACCUUCUCGAGGGGUGGAGUCGUCUUCGUCUUCGUCGUGCUCGCAGCAACGCACCGCAGCGGAGUUCCUAUACGCAACCAGAGCCCCGGCACCGCGACAAGGUGCGGACCCCAUCGCUGAGGCCAGGAGAAGCCGCAGUGCCUCCUGCUUUCACACGGGUCCUUGUUGACGUCUUGGUGCGGAAAAGCGCCCAUCGGUUCUUACAAACGACGCCGUACACCUGCGACACAUCCUGCGCUGUGAGAGGCACGACCCUCACCACAACCGGAGUCGUCCACGCGCCGUCGAUACGCACCAAAUCGGAAGGAAAAAAGCAGGGAUGCGUCAGUGUGACAGCAAAGCAUCCGCUAGCAAUCACUUCGCACGCAUCACCACAAGCAGCACCAGCAGCGCUGCAAGCCACGGGUUAA